CACUCUUAGCUGGCCCCCACCCCGGCCGCGAGCGGCUUAUUUGACCUCUCCAAUAACUGGCAACUACCCGCCCCCCGGGGAAGCCCAUGUGCGUGCAAAGGUGGGGGUCGGGAGUGAGAGGCACCGGCGCUAUAUAUAGCCGCCCUCAGCUGGUGGGGAGGGAAAUGCAGCAGGUUUCUAUGGCAAAAGCCCCCUCCCCUUUUUCCCCCACUCCCAGCCGUUUUUUUUAAAGGCGGGGAAAGGGAUGCCGGGAGCCCGGACGCCUGGGUUGUCCCCAUUGCUCCUCCCCAAAAAACGGAGCGCGGCCCCUAUAAGAGCCCCGCCGCCUCUCCAGCUGGUUUGUGGAAGCGAUCUCACCGGUGCCCUCUGGGAGCUGCUGCAAGAAACCACCGCCCCACGGGGUAAGUAUGGGGGUGGAGGGGGUAUCUGCCCCCGGGAGGGCAGUUGCACUGUUUAAUUGUCAUUCUCUCUCUCUCUCUCUUCCCCGCCCCCCCAGAGCCACCCACCAGGAAGCCCCUGCCCCACCACUACCCCCCUGCCCUGCCUUGCAAUUGCCCCUUCUGCCCCCCUGAGCCCUUGCGGGUCAUUAUGGACAUGAAGUUGCAGCCCCCCCUGCCCCGGCUAUCCCUGGACCCUGUCUCUGUGGCGACCAGCACCCAGACCCCUUCCAGCUUUUCACCCCGGCAGCAGAAGGCAGGGCAGGCGGAGGGGAAGGAGCAGAAGGGAGGGGCUGGGUGCAAGAGGGAGCAGGGGCCCCGGGUCUACCUGUACCCCAUGCGGCCCCCCAACUCCCGCACCCCCUCGCCCAAACAGCCCCCCCAGGAACAACAGGGCCCGGGGGCAAAACCCAGGGACCCCUUUUACCAGGGCACCGACCCAGCAGGCAAGUGGGUGUAUUGCAGCAUUGGCCCCCACACGGGUGCCCAGCACCAAUAAACCGGGAAAUCCAGGCAUCUGUGCUCCCUGUUCUUGCACCCCCCACCCCCAUAGACCCCAUCCCCCUGCCAGAACACAGGCACCCGGGCCCCCAGCCUGCCCUGCGCUCAGCCCCCUCCCCUCCCAGAGAACCCAGGUGCUCCCCCCAUAUAAUUAUCCUGGGGGGGGGUCCUACAACUCCCAGAAUCCUCCAGGGCAGGCACAGGCUACAGCUCCCAGCAUGCCCUGGGCCCCCAGUGGGCGGGACCGGUGCCCUGGGGCUCAGGUGGGUCAGGUGAGGUGAAUACCUGUCCCCUCCCCCCACCACGUGAGGGUGGGGGCUGGUGCCCCUCACUCCCAACCUCAGCCCCCAGCAGUGCCCCUCACUCCCAACCAGCCCCAGGAUGGGGGUUGGGGGCAGUUCCGGGUGUCUUUGCCCCGUUAAUCCCUGACCUCCCGGCAGGGGGCAUCAUGGCUGCCCCUGGGGGACUCCAGGAUGCCCUCCGCCCCUCCCCCGCCCGGCCCCUCACGGACCUCGACUUCCCCUCGGGGGCCCGGGUGGCUGAGCUGAACCAGUUGGUGCAGGAGCUUUGCCGCGGGGACCCGGGUGUCCGGGCCGCCCCUGAGCUGGCGGAGCUCAAGGAUUUCGUGUUCGCCUUGCUGGAGCCACAGCUGAAGGGCAUUGUGACCAAACUCUUCUGCCGCCAUGGCUUCCACCUCUGCAUGCACCCAGACGGCAUCAUUGAUGGGACCCGUGAGGACUCUAAUAGCUUCACCCUCUUUAAUCUCAUCCCGGUGGGGCUGAGGGUCGUGGCCAUCCAGGGCACUGCUUCGGGGCAGUACCUGCGGGCAGCAUUGCAACCCCCUCAACACAGUUACAUAUAUUACACAAUUCGCUGGAGGGAAUUGCACCAUAAAUGUAGCAGAGUCGUCUGUCACCCCCCACCCCAGGCCCACUUCACGGCUGAGUGCCGCUUCAAGGAGUGUGUGUUCGAGAACUACUAUGUGACCUAUGCCUCAACCCUGUACCGGCAGCGCGAGUCUGGGCGCUCCUGGUACCUUGGCCUCAACAAGGAGGGGCAGCCCAUGAAGGGAAACCGAGUCAAGAAGACCAAAGCCGCCGCCCACUUCCUGCCCAAGCUCCUCGAAGUGGCCAUGUACAGGGAACCCUCCCUCCACAACGUCGAGGAGCUGCCCCCAUUCCGACGAUUGGAUGAGCCCGAAGUCCUGCCCCGCAAUGACAGAGAGACAGCCCAAUUGGAUGCCACGUAGCCCAGCCCAUGGCUCCGCCCCCUCCUCUUUCUCUGCCUGCCCCCAACCCAGACAACUCAGGACCUCUCUCUCUCUCUGUCUGCAACUUCUGAACCUCAAAAGACACCACUAGGGGUCACUGCCAUCGCUGCCAACUUCCAUCCCAGUUGGGGGCGGGGCUGGCUCCCAGUUUGCCCAGUAGCAAGAGCUUCUCUCUCCUCCCCCCACCCAUGGUUUGGCCCCCUGGAUUGGCCGGGAAAGCUGCAGUACCAGCAGCUGCGACUAGGGGACAACGGACUGACUGGGACAGGAUAUAGCAGCCCUGCCAUAAUUUCCUGUUGCCACUGCCAUUGGCUGCAGGACCAUCCUCCACCACUGGGCAGUGACAUCAGGACAGACAGGAAGUAGCGGCCUGGAGACCGCUUCCUGCCUCAAUAGGACAUGAUGCUGUCUUCCAUCACUGGGUGCUGAUGCCAUAAUGGACAGGAACUUGCCCUCUGGUUCUGUAGGACAUGGUACUGUCUUCCAUCACUGUGCAAUGACAUCAUUAUAGACAGGAAGUUGCCCUCUGGAAGCCACUUCCUGCCUCUGUACGAUGUGGUACUAUUUUCUUCCAUCAAGCAGUGUCAUCAUUAUGGACUGGAAGUAGGCAUCGGGAGAUGACUUCCUGCUUCUGUAGGACACAAUAUUGUCUUCUUCCAUGAGGCGGUGACAUCAGUAUGGACAGGAAGUAGCCAACUGGAUACAACUUCCUGCCUCUGUCUUCCGUUGGGUGGUGACACCAGUGUGGAUGGGAAGUAACCAACUGGACACCAUUGUCUGCUUCUGUAGGAUACGAUACUGUCUUCCACCAGCAGGCGGUGACAUCAUUAAGGACAGGAAGUAGCCAACUGGACACCACUUCCUGCCGCUGUAGGGUUCAGUCCUAUCUUCCACCACUAGGCAGUGACAUCAUUAUGGACAGGAUGUCGCCCUGCUAUAACUGCUACCUGCUGCCCCUGAGGUGGCCAUGUUGUCUUCCACCACUAGCCUUGUUCCAAACAGAUAGUAGCCCUGUGGUCCCUCCCCUUCCUGCUGCUCUUUGUUACCUGAAGCACCAUUUUCCACCAUCAUAGAGUGGCAUCAUUAUGGACAGGAAGUAGAUGCUGAGAUGUCACUUCCUGUUACUCCUGCCAUGGGUUGGCAAUACUGUCUUCCACCACCAAGCAGUGACAUCAUUAUGGACAGGAAAUAGUUGCCAGGAUGUCACUUCCUGUUCCCCUGAUAUGGGCUGGCAAUACUUCUUUCACCACCAGGAAGUGACAUCAUUAUGGACAGGAAGUGGGGGGUUCCACCAACAAGAUGGCACCAUGGACCCAGCUCUACCCAUAAUGGACUGUAUCAUUCUCCCACCCAUGGAGGAGGCUGGGGGGGGUCCUGCCUCCUUCCUGUCCAAGAUGGCUUCCUUUGUGACAUUACUGAGGGGGGAGAGCAAUGCCUGUCUCCACCCCCCCACCCUGGUCCAGGACCCCUCCCAUUUAACCCCACCCUACUGGGGCCUGAUUUACUGCCUGCCCCCAUUUCUGGGGGGGUGGGGUUAACACUCGUGACAUCACCAGCUUCCAUGGCAACCAAAGGUGCAG